AUGCAAAGUGAAUUUAAAGUCGCGGAGUUUUUUUACAGGCAGGCAGCCCGCGGCCCUAUGGAGCGAUUUGCGCGCGAGUGGUGCACGAACCUCUCCCUCCUCAAGGCGUCCCAGGCGAAGAAGUGCGUGGCCGGCCUCAAGGAGCAAUUCCCCGGCGCAGAAGCCCUCAUCGACGAGCUCUUUCCGCCCAAGGGAGAGGUCUCCCUGGUCAAGUGCAAGAACUACAUACAGCUCCUAGUCAGCACGCUCCCCGCUGGCAGCGCCCACAACACAGGGACCAAGCCCGUGAAGCGGAUCGUAUUCUGGAACAUCCGCGACGGCCCGUGGAUCCCGACCCUGCGUCUCCUGCAACGAUACCCGACCCUGCUCCCCGUGCUACUAACCGACGCGUCGUGCCCCAAGUUCAUACUCCAGGGCGCUCAGAUGAUGGCCCCUGGCAUCCACCAGAUGGACCAGGAUCUCCCUCGGGGUGCGAUUGUCUCUGUGAGCAUCCAGGGUGCCCCGCCGUUCUACAUCGGCCGUCUCACUCAGGCCGGUAAGGAGAUAAUGGCCGAGGGUCGCCACGAGCAGGCCGUGGAGACUCUCAACAUAAUUGGCGAUGGGUUCUGGGAGUACGGCGACGACUAUAAGUAA